AUGCCACGUGUGUUGGUAGCCGGUGAUUCGAUGUUGAAAGACCAAGCGCGGUCUUUCACACUGAAUCCUGGCGUGGCUGUCGAGGUCAGGUCCUUUAGUGGUGUCAGGAUUGAGCGGUUGUUCUCCAUGAUCGCUGACAGUCUGCCUGGCUUUGAUGCGGUGGACGUGCAUGUUGGCACUAACAACGUCGGGGAUAGUGACAUCACGCGCGUCGCCAAAUUUCGUCAGCUGGUGUCGCGCAUCAUGGAGAAAAACCCCGAGAUCCAGGUUGCGUUCUCGGCCAUCCUUCCGAGGGAGGAACUCUGCCGCAAGGAGGGAUACGGCUUCAUCGACGGAAGCAGGCAGUCGUGGAGUGGGCUGCUCAUGCUGGAUGGUGUCCACUUCAACAAGAAAGGCAGCAGGGUGUUUGGACGCAUCCUUCGAGGCGGCCUUCAUGGUGUUGUGGCAGGCCACGGGCAGGAGGCUGAGGACCAGGAGUGGAGUCGCCAUGCAGCAGAGGAGGAACACCAGGAGCUGCGUCGUGAGUAUGGGGACCAGGCCAAGGAGCUUGCAGAGUUCUGGAACGGUAAGUAUAACUUCCCUUCCCUUAGUUCUAGUGCCGGAGGAGGCCCAGCCUGUGUGGGUGAAGAACAGGUGCAGGGCAUGUGCACUGUGACAACCACUGACACAUGCACCACCAGCUGGGCCGCUGUUGUGCAGAGGCCGCCGAAACGUGUGUCACGUGGCCGUGGCGGCGUUGACGGCGUUGACAACACUGUCAGAAGUAGGGGCUGUGUGCCGCGCACACAGUCUUCACAGAACACCGAGCCCUCUCGGGGUGCCCCAGCCGCCAGCGGUCAUGCCACUCGAGAGCAGAGGCUGAGAGGAGUAAAGCCCUCUAGGAUGCCAAUGAUGCUUUCUGAUGGCUGUGCUCCUGCGCUUGUCGGGGGAGUGUGGGUGCACCGGAAGGCUGGCAGAUCUGUUGCUGCCUGUGGUGCCUCGGUGCGUCCCUCCUCUCCUGUGGCGCAGUGCAUCGACCCCCAUGAGGGUGUAGUGGCCACGGCCUGUCGCACCACUCGAAAGCAGAGGCGGAGAGGAACAAAGUCCUCAGGGAUGCCAAUGACGCAAACAGGCGGUCGUGCUCCUGCGCUUGUCGGGGGAGUGUGGGUGCACCAGAAGGCUGGCACAUCUGUUGCUGCCUGUGGUGCCUCGGUGCUUCCCUCCUCUCAUGUGGCGUAG